CGCCCGGCUAUUGUGACGAGAGCUUGGUAGUCAUCCUGCCCCUCCUGUGCCCUGUGGCCUUUUCCACCCACACGCCUGGACCUCUUUGUUCUGUUGCAGAAACCCCAGAAGUUAAAAAAGCACAGAUUCUGGAGCCCCAGGGUACUUGGAUCCAAACCCUGACUUGCUUGUGGUCCUGGCAUUGUCCCUUACUUUCCUGUGCCUCCGUUUCCUCUGUGGUGAAAGGUGGCUUUUACAGUGAGCUACCUCUUGAGGAUGGCACACGGUUGCAGACGCUGGCCGAGUUUGCUUUGGGAGCCGGAGUAGCUGUUGCCACCAGAGUCUGGAACCAUGAGCAGGUUUAAUUUCGGAAGCUCUGGCGCUUCCACGGGCGGAUUCACAUUUGGCACUGCGAAAGCAACAACCACCACACCUUCCAUGGGGUUUCCUUUCACCACUCCCGGCGCUGGAGGGUUUACCUUCAGCACUCCCUCCCAGCCCACGGCGAGUACCCCUUCCACGAGCCUCUUCUCGCUCACCACCCAAGCUCCAGCAACUCAGACCCCGGGAUUCGCCUUCGGAACAACUCCUGCUUCCACAGGAGCUGGCUUUUCCUUAGGGAUCAGUGCUCCAAAACUAAGCCUGAGCAGCACCGCUGCCACCCCAGCCACAGCAAACCCCAGUGGCUUUGGGCUUGGUGGCAGUGCUCUCACCAAUGCCAUGUCCGGUGCUGUCACCUCCAGCCAGGCGACUGCAGCCACUGGCUUUGGGUUCGGUUCCUCUACCACCUCCACAGCUCCAGCCACCACAUCCGGAGGGUUCUCAUUCACCAGCGGAAGCACAUCCCAGGCUGGGACCUCUGGCUUCAACAUUGGCUCCCUGGGCAGUGCGCCCCAGGCCCAGCCCACGCCCACGGCACUUUCCGGGUUGGCCUUCACUGCAGCCACACCCGCAAGCACGGCAGCAGGGCCCAGCCAGCCAGCCGCCCCCACACCUACCACUGCCACCACCAGUGCAGGGCCCACACUCUUCUCCUCAAUAGCAGCUGCUCCCGCCUCGUCCACCACUGGGCUCUCCCUCUGUGCUCCAGCAACCACCUCCGGAGCAUCUGGGGCUGGGACCCUGGGCUUCAGCCUAAAACCCCCCGGAGCAGCUUCUAGCACCUCCACAGCAACAUCUACAACCACGGCCACGACCACCACCACUGCUGCCAGCAGCUUUGCCUUGAAUAUAAAACCACUGGUGCCGGCUACGAUUUCCAGCAAUGCAGCAGCAGGUGUAACCACUCUGUCUGGCUCCAGUGCAGCCACUGGGACAGCCACCUCUCCAGUGAUGACCUACGCACAACUGGAGAGCCUGAUCAACAAGUGGAGCCUGGAGCUGGAGGACCAGGAGCGCCACUUCCUCCAGCAGGCCACCCAGGUCAAUGCCUGGGACCGCACGCUGAUCGAGAAUGGGGAGAAGAUCACCAGCCUACACCGAGAGGUGGAGAAGGUGAAGCUGGACCAAAAGAGGCUGGACCAGGAGCUUGACUUCAUCCUGUCACAGCAGAAGGAGCUAGAAGACCUGCUGAGCCCCCUGGAGGAGUCGGUCAAGGAGCAGAGCGGGACUAUCUACCUGCAGCAUGCUGACGAGGAGCGGGAGAAGACCUAUAAGCUGGCCGAGAACAUCGAUGCGCAGCUGAAGCGUAUGGCCCAGGACCUCAAGGACAUCAUUGAGCACCUGAACACGUCUGGAGGCCCUGCUGACACCAGCGACCCACUGCAGCAGAUCUGCAAGAUUCUUAAUGCACACAUGGACUCGCUGCAAUGGAUCGACCAGAACUCAGCUCUUCUGCAGAGGAAGGUGGAGGAGGUGACCAAGGUGUGUGAAGGCCGCCGCAAGGAGCAGGAGCGCAGCUACAGGAUCACGUUUGACUGAGUGCGACCCCUGGGGUUACGGGCUCCCGGGGCUUGGGGUUGCGGGUGCCAUGUCUAAUUUGGGCUUGCAAUGAGACACUUGUUGGUUUCUUUCUUUUCAAAUGAUUGUGCUGUUGAAAAUUGUUCUGUGGUUUGACUUUUCCCAUUAACAGCAAGUAUUCUCUGCAUCUUCUGGUCCAGGUAGCGGCCCCAUAGGGGGUGUCUGAUUUGUCUGUGUAACUCUGGCCCCAUCUCACCUACUACAACCACCCACCUCAUCCCCAAACGAUAGACAUACUGCCCCACCUAAGCAGUCUCCUCAGCCAGGGCUGCUUGGGCAGCCACUCUGUCUAGCACGUAGUCAUAGUACAGUGGAAAAGGACUGAGGUUAAGGAUCUACCCACAGCCUUGGUGUAUAAGAUGUGUACUCCUGAAAAUUAACCACCAAGACAAGUGCAUUGUAACCAGGACAGACAGUAGGAUAAACGUUCCAGAGGAAGAGACAUCAGCUGAGGGAUCUCACAGGGAUGAAGGAAGGGCAGAGGACAUGCCAACUUGUCCUCAGGGCUUGCCUAUGUCCCCUCUAGGAAGUCUCAGUUGUGCAGAGUUGCUGCAGCAGGUGGCCUCCCUGGGUCUCUGUAGCACCCUGAGCUGGCACCUUUCGUGGUGAGACUCGUUGUGUCAUACUAUGCUCACCAUUAGAGAGCAGGGACAGACCGUGUUCUGUGUGUGCCCAGUGCAAUCCCUAUCGCAUUUAUUCAGUGACCAAACAGUGAAGAUGAAACCCAUCAUAACUCCAAUCCACAAAAAUGCCUGCUGAAAUGAUCACAGUUGCCAGAGGUCCACUUAGUCCUGAACCUCCCCGUGCCAAAGUCAGCCACAGAAGAUCUGGGGUGUCUCAAAAGCUGAGCCUGGGCUCUAUCCUGGGGGGGUCUUUGGUGUUCAUUUUUAUACUUCACUGCAUUCUCUGAAAUGCCUACGAUUAUAUGUUGCUUUCCUAAAUAAAAUCAGUGUGUGAAACAAAA